AUGUCUACUGUUGUUAAAACGACACCUUUCCCCGACCAGAAACCAGGUACUUCUGGCCUCAGAAAGAAAGUGACGGUUUUCGAACGUCCUCAUUACACGGAGAACUUCAUCCAGGCCAUUCUUGAGGCCAUUCCAGAAGGCGCCCAGGAUGCUACUUUGGUAGUUGGAGGUGAUGGCAGAUACUAUAACGACCAUGUUAUUCAGCUUAUUAUUGAGAUUGCCGCUGCCAAUGGCGUCAAGAAGUUGAUUGUGGGCCAGAACGGUUUGCUUUCGACCCCUGCCACUUCCCACGUUAUCAGAAUCAGGAAGGCUACUGGCGGUAUCAUUUUGACCGCUUCUCACAACCCAGGUGGCCCAGAUAAGGAUAUGGGUAUCAAGUACAACUUGUCGAACGGUGGUCCAGCUCCAGAGUCUGUCACCGACAAGAUUUUCGAGAUUUCCAAGUCUCUCACGGAAUACAAGACGUACAAGCUUGAUAAGGUCGACAUUUCCAAGGUCGGAUCCGCCAAUAUUGGCCCAAUUGAGGUCGAAAUCAUUGACCCAACCGCCGACUACGUUGCUUUCAUGAAGGAGAUCUUUGACUUCCCUACCAUCAAGAACUUCAUCCACACUGCACGCGACUCCCAGGACUUCAGAGUGCUCUUUGACGCGUUGAACGGUAUCACUGGUCCUUACGGUUACAAGAUCUUCGUGGAGGAAUUGGGCUUGCCAGAGUCUUCUGUUCAGAACUUCGUUCCAAAGCCAGACUUUGGCGGUUUGCACCCAGACCCUAACUUGACUUAUGCUGAAACUUUGGUCAAGAAGGUUGACGCUGAGAACAUUGCCUUUGGUGCUGCUUCUGAUGGUGACGGUGACAGAAACAUGAUCUACGGAGCUGGCGCUUUCGUCUCCCCAGGUGACUCUGUGGCCAUCAUUGCUGAAUACGCUAACGCCAUUCCUUACUUCAAGAACCAGGGCGUCUACGGUUUGGCUCGUUCCAUGCCAACUUCUGGUGCCUUGGACUUGGUCGCCAAAGACAAGAACUUGAACGUCUACGAGGUGCCUACCGGCUGGAAGUUCUUCUGUAACUUGUUUGACGCCAAGAAGUUGUCUAUCUGUGGUGAGGAAAGUUUCGGUACUGGCUCCAACCAUAUCAGAGAAAAGGACGGUUUGUGGGCCAUCUGUGCCUGGUUGAACGUGUUGGCUGACUUCAACCAGAAGUUCCCUGACGAGAAGACCAGCAUCAAGGCUGUCCAAGAGAAGUUCUGGCAAAAGUACGGCAGAACCUUCUUCACCAGAUACGACUACGAGGAAGUUUCCAGCACGGGCGCUGCCAAGUUGGUUGAGCUUCUCGCCUCCAUCGUUGAAAAGAACCAGGAAGGUGCCGAGUUGGCUUCUGGCUACACUGUCAAGCAAGCUGAAAACUUCUCCUACACUGACUUGGACGGUUCCAUCGCCAAGAACCAGGGUUUGUUCAUCAAGUUCACCAACGGCUUGCGUUUCAUCGUUCGUUUGUCUGGUACUGGCUCUUCCGGUGCUACUGUCAGAUUGUACUUGGAGAAGCACUCUGCUGACCCAUCUACAUACAACCAGCCAGUGGACGACUUCUUCUCCAAGGACAUUGCCUUCAUCUUGGACUUGUUGAAGUUCAAGGAGUUCUUGGGCAAGGACCAGCCAGACGUCAAGACCUAA